CUUUGACGUCAUAAAUCAGCUGUUAUGAAGGUAGUGGUCACGUGAUUUCCGCUCACAGUCGACAUUACUACAACAAGGCUGGCGAGACCGAGCCGUGCAGGAACGAGGAGACGAGUGGAGGAAACAGCUUUCUGAAAAACUGGAGCUGAUUUACUGAGAAAGGCUUCUUCAAGACCACAAUGGGAUCACAGAGUCCCUCAAGCUCUCAAAUGCCUCACAGAUCCUCCAACUCCUCGGCUUCUGAAUCCAACAGUUCAGACAGCACCAGCUCCUCCUCACCUGCCUCGGCACCAAAUCUGGACAGCCAGUCAGCCUCUUCUUCCUCUGCCUCUUCCUCUCCCCCAGGGAUGUAUGAUGGGUUGAGGAAUCGCAGUGGCAUUCCCUCCUACGACCCUCAGACCACCCCUGGUGUCCCUCACUGCCCAGAUGCAGCGCAGGUCCCCCUACAAGGCGGCCUCCCGGCCAGCAUGCCAACCCAUCCAGCCUAUAUGCCCAUGCAGAUGCUGUGGUGGCAGCAGAUGUACGCACGCCACUACUAUAUGCAAUAUCAGGCAGCAGUAGCUGCGUCGCAGCCUCCCAGCACUUCUCCUCCCUCCUCAUCACCCCCUCAGCCCGCCCAGCCCAAUGAAGCCCUGCAGCCUCCACUGGGCCCUAACCCAGCCCAGAACCCUCUUCAAGAGAACCUACCCGCCAACCCUAUCCAAAUGAAUGCACAGGGUGGUGCGGUGUUAAAUGAUGACGAGCUGAACCGGGACUGGCUGGACUGGUUGUACACGGUGUCACGUGCUGGUGUUCUGCUAAGCAUUGUUUACUUCUACUCCUCCUUUAGCCGCUUCGUCAUGGUGGUUGGUGCCAUGUUGCUCGUCUUCUUGCACCAGGCUCGGUGGUUUCCCUUCAGACCAGAGCAGCAGGAGGUCAGAGGAGAAGAACGGGCCGGCCCUCCUCCAGGAGAAGCACAGAGGCUACAGGACAUGCAGGAAAUUGAACGACUAAUGGAUGAGGGGAUGGAGGAUGAUGAAAGUGGUGGAGAAAAUGGAGAUCGGCCUCAGGGUCCUGCCGUGCCAGAGCCAAACAUCCUUGUCGUUGCAUGGUCCUUCAUCAGCGCCUUCUUCACCUCACUCUUCCCUGAAGUUCAGCCCCACCCGGCUAACUAGGACUACACUUUCUUCCUCCUGCCAGCAGGUACCGCUCUACAGUUUUCAACCUUCAUCCUCACAGCCCCCAAAAACACCUUGAAGAAUCACUUGAGUCCGAUAGCACAGUGACAGCCGGUUGAUCCAGUCGACAACUUCUACUAAAAGAUUCAAAGUGUCACUGCUGAAAGUACGACAGUGAAGGAACUGAGAAAUGAAAAAAUAAAAUGUCUUUGGAGUAAAUGUCCCAACUGUGAAGGAAAAGAUGGCGAUGUCAAGACGCAGAACGGAGCUGUCUCCGAUUCCGUGCAGCGAUGGAGUCACAAUUAUGGAUUUUUUUUCUUUAUUUUUCUGAGACAUGUGACUGAAAUAAAAGAUACUUCAGAAAACCUCCCUAGAUUGAGAGGGAGUUCGUCCUUAUGGAAAAAACCCUUCUGUACGACCUUUCCAUUUGUACACAGGGUGUAUAUAGACAUUACAGCUACUGAAGCUCAGUAUUUUACACUUUAUCAUCUAUUUACACAAGUAAAUAUAUGCAUCUAUAAUUCCAGGAUAUAUGCUUUUAUGAAUAAAGUUGUGCCUGCAUACAGAAAUUAA